GGCGCGGGCGGGGAAAGGAACCGUCGCGCCCGCGCUGGCACCGCUGGCUGGGCCGGGGACGGGAGCGCGGCUGUGGAACACGGUUGAGGGGAGGAAGGAGGAGGAAGACUUGCCAGACAAGAUCCAAAACCACUGCAACCUAAUUUUUCUGAUAAGCUGAUUCUGAAACUGAGUAGAGGACUCCCAGCACAAGCCCUGGAGCUAUUUGGUGCAGUGCAGGAGUUUGAAGAUGCUGCAUGCCUGAUUCUGAGGACAGAAUAUUCUGCUUAAAGAAGUCAGACCAUCUGAAAUACUGACCAUGUCUAUUACAGAUCCUAGCACCUCCACUGGAGUGGUGACUGUUAUUGUCAUUCUGAUCGCUCUUGCAGCUCUUGGUGCCUUGAUACUUGGCUGCUGGUGUUACCUGCGUCUGCAGAGGAUCAGCCAGUCUGAAGAUGAAGAAAGCAUUGUGGGUGAAGGAGAAACCAAAGAGCCCUUUCUUCUGGUGCAGUACUCUGCUAAAGGACCUUGUGUAGAGAGGAAAGCUAAGCUAACUCCAAAUGGCACAGAAGUACACAGCUAACUAGGAACAGUGCAUGUAUAUGGACUAUGCUUAUGAUGUGUGCAACCAGCAGAUGAACCUGGAUACUGUGAAGAACCUGGUCACACACACACUGCUCAUCAGAAGACACCCUGAUGAGAAUUAAAUAUGCUUUGUUUGCAACUGCACGCACUGAGAAGUUGCACUUUGCACCUAAUUCCUCUGACACCUGGUGUAAUGUCCAUUGCUGGCAAUGGACACAGGGAUAUAUGGGUGUGAAGAUACCACUAGCAUUAUUUGUUACUUGAAUGUUUAGCUGAGCCUAUGUUGAUGGAGCUACUACUGUAAUGUGAACUAAUUUACAACUGUGAACUGUAAAUAGGCUGCCAGAAGCUUUCUGCUUUGUGUUCCACAGCAUAUGGGAAUAACAUGAUGCAAAUCUACAUAACGUAUGAGGGGACUGAUGAACCACAACUGUAGAUGGGAUUCCAGACUUCCAAAACCAAAUCUGCAGUUAAGGCUUGCUUCUGCUACUAACUUGAGUGCACAGCCAUAAAGUCAGAACUCCUACUGUUAAAUUUACAGGACUGAUGCAGAAUACUUUCUUUGAAAAGAAGGUAGAAGCCUUCAGUAACAUGCUGAGGGAGGAAACACAAGAGUUACAAGAAAGGAAGUUGUUUUCUUUAGUUGCAGCUAGGUAGGUUAAGCUUUUGGCUGCUAGUAAUGAGUUCUCUAACUAUGUAGCUACUGCAAGGAAACUGCCAUUUUGAUGGAUUCCAACCUGGGAAUUAAUGAUGGACAUUGAACCCUUGGAGAUGGUCCAGAAGGUUUCCAGAAGUUUGAAAUGGCAGUAGAGCAGGCUCUUCUCUUCUUUAGGUCUGCAUGCACAAACUGCAGAAGUGGUUACUUAUUAAAACUGGCCUAAGUGCAACUAGUAUGAAUUUUUCCUAGAACCCGUUUGUGUAUGUAACAGUUAGGGUAUAUGUUAACAGCCUGUUGUAAAAAGGCAUUUUAGUCUACACUCAACUAUAGAAUUCAGUUAAUUGUAUCUUGUAGAUAACUCUUGGUUUAACUGUGCUACCACAAAAUGAGUUUCAGUCUUUCCUACAAAAUCAAAUGUUCAUAUGGAAAAGGAGAUUGCUGGUCAGCUUGUUUUUAGUUUUUAGCUAGCAAUGGCAAAUCCUUCCAAAUAAGGACAUCCCUUCCAUUUCCUGUUCUGUGCUAUAGCUCAGCUAUAGGAACUGUAAAAAGGUGUUAAAUGGGAAGUUCUGGACUUUAAAGACUUAGGGGAUGGGGAAAGGAGGCAGAAGGGGGAGAAGAAACACUGAAGCACCAUUGGCAGCUUACAUAUUCUAAAACUUGGGCCAGGCACACAUGCUUUCAGGCCACUGACCUAUUUUAUAUGACUUAAUACAGCUUCCUUUGCUGACUACAAUUUUUAAGCACUUAAUUGUCUAGGAGAAAAAAAGCUACUGUAAAUCUGCUCGCUAAGAUAGGUUACAAAUAGUGAAGUUGAAGUUCUUCAGCUCUCUAGGA